CCGCCCCUCCCAGCUGUGAUGCCCUGUUCCUCUGGUUCCCGCUCUUCCACUGGUUAUUCCGCCUCUCUGCGGUCGCCUGCAGAGUCUUUGCGCCUCCUAGUUGAGCAGAGGUAGCGGGCGCAGUUAGAGCCGGAGGCCGGCGAAGCCCUGUACCAGUGUCAUUCCCGCCUUCUUGGUUUGCAGGGAUCGCCUGUUGUCCAGCUGCCUUCUCCUCCAGGAACGCUUAUCUCUGACGGGUCUGCUGUCCAGUGGCCUGGAGGCUUAGCUGCAGCGCUGAGCCCGGACUUGGUUUCGGGCCGGACCCGGAGGCGGCGACAACCCCUGUUCAGCGCUCCUAGAGUCUCAGAGCGUGUAUUUCCCGCGGUCACCGCGGACCCUGCUGGCCAAAGACAGGCCGCAGAGGGACCUGCUGAGUGAAUCACAGAAACAGCGGAAAGUAGCUGCCAGAGACUGGUGGAAUGGGGAAAUAAGAAGAGGUUGGUAAAAUGCUACAAACUCUCGCCUGGAAGAUAAAUAAGAUUUUCAGCUACUGAUGUUACAAACAAAAUACUGGAGCAUAGAGUUGAGGAAAAGACUUAAACCAGAUUUUUUCUUCAAGUAGUUAAAAAUAUGGAUCCUGAAGAAGGGGGACCACCGAUUCUCAAAGUGACACCUCUUCAACAAAUGCUUGCCUCUUGUACUGGAGCUAUACUGACAUCACUAAUGGUGACACCCCUGGAUGUUGUUAAAAUCCGACUGCAAGCCCAACACAGUCCAUUUCGCAAAGGAAAAUGUUUUAUAUAUAGUAAUGGACUUAUGGAUCAUCUAUGUGUCUGCGAAGAGGAAGGUAACAAAGUGUGGUAUAAGAAGCCAGGUGUUUUCCGGGGAACGUUGGAUGCUUUCUUGAAAAUCAUUCGAAAUGAGGGCAUUAAAUCCCUGUGGAGUGGCCUUCCUCCUACCUUAGUAAUGGCAGUUCCUGCCACAGUUAUUUAUUUUACCUGCUAUGACCAAUUAACUGCUCUCCUGAAAUCUAAAUUAGGAGAAAAUGAAAGCCACAUACCAGUUGUUGCUGGAAUUGUAGCCAGAUUUGGUGCAGUAACUGUGAUAAGUCCAUUAGAAUUGAUAAGAACCAACAUGCAAUCUAAGAAGUUUUCUUACAAGGAACUGCAUCACUUUGUCAGCAAGAAAGUAUCUGAAGAUGGUUGGAUUUCCCUUUGGAGAGGCUGGGCUCCUACUGUUCUUAGAGAUGUACCAUUCUCAGCAAUGUACUGGUAUAACUAUGAAGUUUUAAAGAAGUGGUUGUGUAAGAAGUUGGGUGUGUAUGAACCGACAUUUAUGAUCAACUUCACUUCAGGGGCAUUGUCUGGUUCUUUUGCAGCUAUUGUGACAUUGCCAUUUGAUGUGGUAAAAACACAAAAGCAGACACAACUUUGGAUGUAUGAAUGUCAUAAAAUUUCUGCACCCAUGUCAACCUGGGCUAUCAUGAAGAACAUUGUUGCUAGGAAUGGGUUUUCUGGAUUAUUUACAGGCACAAUUCCCCGUUUAGUUAAAAUUGCUCCUGCUUGUGCCAUUAUGAUCAGUACAUAUGAAUUUGGAAAGGAUUUUUUCCAGAAACAAAAUGCUCAAAGACAGCAAUACUAGUGAUGCUGUUUCAACUGGAAAUAACCACGGCCAGAUAGUAAGGUGGAGACUUCUUAGGCCAGGGCCUUUAUGUUAUCUUACAAAGAUUUUGUAUCUUUCCUGCCAAUAAUGGAGAUGAGUUUCUACCUUGAUUCUACAUCAUAAUCCUUAUUUUAAAAUUAGUUUUGUUAUCCUAAUUUUUGAAAUAUUGAGAGAGAUUUUCCAGAAACCACAACCACAGAGCUUUUUAUAAUAAAACGAAAAACUUUUCCUUAAUACUGGAAGCAAUAAUCUGAGUUAGAUAUUAAAGAAAUAAGGUUACCAUUAUUUCUGCAAGACGGAGUGGUUUUGCUGAUUGUAUGAAAUGUUCACCAAAGUCAAAUAUGGGUGUAGAGUGGAAAACAUUGUAUUUAGACUAGUAACAAUAAUGCUUUGGCACAUCCAUGCCGUAAUUCAUGUAUCACUGUUUGUGGAGCUCUCUAGGUUACUCCGCUAUUUGCUUGUUGUAUUAAAUUUGAUAUUGUUAAUUCACUAUCAGUCACAGAAUAUUUCCAAAAUUUCCUUUGAUGAUAUACACCUAACAUUAGAAUGCUACAACAAGAGACUAAACAGACGGCAGUUUUCUUGAAGAAAUAGCUUUUGGUCACUACAGGCUAAUGCCUAAGUAAUUUAGGUUAUAACUGUAAGAAAUUAUAUUCUCUUUUUAUAUUUGUCUGAAUGUCUUAGGACAUAUAUACUCCUAAGAAAAAGCACUUUAUUGAAGUCUGUGUGUAUUGAAAUGCUUCACAUGAAAAUGUGAAGCAUUUUUGCCCCUAAAAUAGGUAAUAUAUUUAGGUGAUAAAUCUCUAGUGUUCAUGGAAGAAUUCAUGUAUUUGUAUUAUAGUAGAAAAGAGCUUAAAUGUCUUAUCAGAAAUAAAGUGUAUAGAAUUUGUACGUAACCUUUUGUGUUCUUAUCCUGUUGAUUUACAUUAAAUUUGUAACAUGUCCAUAAAAAC